GCCAGGCUGGGUGACAAGCAAGGACUUUUCAUCUUGUGGGAACCCUUGCCACAUCCUGCUUGGGAGCACUUCUGAGAUUGUGUCAUUCCUGGCAUCUCAACUGCUAUGGGAAGCAGGUCCGUGUUCCUGCUCUUAGGUCUCAGUGUCCUGCUGGCUUUGUCAGGAUCAGAAGCAAAGAAUUCUGCAGCUUUCUGUCCUCCAUGCCCAGAAAAUGCUUACUGCCACAACAGCACACACUGUGUUUGCAAAGAUGGAUUUCAGUCUGUGUCUCGAAGGAGCUACUUCAACUCUUACGAGAAAUGUGAAGAUAUCGAUGAGUGUACGACUGGGCUGGCAAAGUGCAAGCAGAAAGCAUAUUGCAGAAAUAAAAUUGGAAGUUACUACUGCAGCUGUGUCCCAAAUUAUCCUAUCUUCAACUGGGUGGCUGGUGUCAUUGACAUGAAUUAUGCAGAAUGUUAUGAGGAUGCUGGUAAGAAGACACAGAAACAAGUGAACAUUUGGGAAAAUCUGAGGAAUAGAAGCAAAGAGUGCAUUGCAAAAAAGGCUACACAACUACUUCAACAGGUGGAACUGAGCAUAUGGAAUCAGAGUUUUUCUUCUCCAGGAAAGAAUGAAAACACUGCAUUUGACAUAGUUUAUGAAACCAAGAGGUGCAAUGAGACAAGUGAGAAGGCAAUUCUAGAAGCUGGAAAUAACACAAUGGAUAUCCACUGCACUGAUGCUUUCAAAGGAACCACAAGAGAUAGGAGUGCAGUUGCGCUUAUCGCUUACCAGUCUCUUGGGGAUAUUCUAAAUGGAUCAUUUUUCAGUGAUGGAAGAGGGAUAAAGGAAAUCAAACUGAACUCUCAAGUGAUCAGUGGCUCCAUUGGCAUGAAGGAAAAAGCUGAUCUAUCUAAACCUGUGUUCCUGACCUUACAGCAUACUCAGCCUGGUGGUGGGAGAAGAAAAUAUUUCUGUGUCUACUGGAAAGGAUCAGAGGAGGGGGGCAGCUGGUCCACGGAGGGCUGUUCUCAUUUGGACAGCAAUGAUUCUCACACCGAAUGCAAGUGCUUCCACCUUUCCAGCUUUGCUGUCCUAAUGGCUCUUGUUCCCAAGGAGGAUGCUGUGCUGACGGUGAUCACCUACAUGGGGCUGAGCCUCUCCCUGCUGUGCCUCCUCCUGGCAAUCCUCAUCUUCCUUCUGUGUCGACCCAUCCAGAACACCCACACCUCCCUCCACCUGCACCUGUCCAUCUGCCUCUUCCUGGCCCACCUCCUCUUCCUCACGGGCAUCGACCGGACAGAGCCAAAGGUGCUGUGCUCAGUCAUUGCAGGUGUGCUGCAUUACCUCUACUUGGCCUCCUUCACCUGGAUGCUCCUUGAAGGGCUGCACCUCUUCCUCACUGUCAGGAACCUCAAGGUGGCCAACUACAACAGUGUAGACAGAUUCAAGAAAAGGUUCAUGUACCCUUUUGGCUAUGGGAUUCCUGCUCUGAUUGUGGCUGUAUCUGCAAUAGCAGGACACAAGAAUUAUGGAACAUAUACUCACUGCUGGCUCAAGCUUGAUAAAGGGUUCAUCUGGAGUUUCAUGGGGCCAGUUGCACUCAUUAUCUUGAUAAACUUGUUGUUCUACUUACAAGUUCUGUGGAUUUUGAGAAGCGAACUUUCCUCCCUUAAUAAAGAAGUUUCCACCAUUAAGGACACCAGAGUCAUGACAUUUAAAGCCAUUGCUCAGUUAUUUAUCCUGGGCUGUUCUUGGGGUCUUGGUUUUUUCAUGGUUGAAGAAGUUGGGAAGACAAUUGGAUUGGUUAUUGCCUACAUAUUCACCAUCAUCAAUAUCCUGCAGGGGGUUUUGCUUUUUGUGGUACACUGUCUCCUUAAUUACCAGGUGCAAAUGGAAUUCAAGAAAUGGUUUAAUGGGUUGAAGAAAGGGUUUGAAACUGAAAGCACUGAGGUAUCUCCCUCUAUAACCCACACCAAAAUGGAGAAACUGGAGAAGUCAUCGGAAGUCUUUUGCAGGAGAGACUCUGGAUCUAUCCAACCACCGUCUGCACUUCGGGUUGCUGCCGUUUCUUGGCUCAGAACAGAAAACUGAGCUGCGUGUGGACGGCGCCCCCUCGUGGUCACGUAUACAUCGGACAAAUGCCACUGUCUACCUUUCCUGUGAAAUUGAGUCCUGACUCAUUCAUUACCUUAUUUUGGCUUCUGGCUGUGUAGAAAGAAAGGGGCACAUGGGAGAAUUCUUAGAUCCAGAAUCCAAUAUUGUGUGUCACGUGCAACUAAAUGGUUAAAGAAUCUCUUUUAAUGAUGAGGGAAAUAAGUGGAUUUUCUUCUGCUAGACGUUACCACCUUGCCUAUGACUAAUAGGCCGACAUCUGGAUUCAGCUUACAGAUCCUCUUCUGGCCUCUCAGUUGCAUUUUAUGCUCCCCAAGAUUUUGCAUCUCUUUACAUCUGCAUAAUCCAGUGAUUCCCAUAUGAAUUAAUAUUAAAUGAGGGUUGAAUGCUUGCAAUGCAAAAUUACACCACCAAUCUCACUUAGGGGUGGAUUGUCUCUGGGAAGGAUUUUGUGUUCAGGUCACCAACACUUU